AUGAUCUUGUGGUACAUGUUGAUAUUAGUGUACCCGAUACGACACCGGCGAAGGAUGCCGCAAAUGCUGUUAAGGUGGCAGAUGCGUAUGCAAAGCGACUCAGUUCCCUUCUUCCAAUGGAUAUCGUGCAAGAAACCAGUUACACAGAUCCUUAUAUUUGACAUUAUCCUACUAGGCCUUGGUUCAGAUGGACACACCGCGUCUGUUUUCCCUGGAACUGAGGCUGCGAAAGAAGUGCACCGCGCGGUUACCGUGAGCUUUCCAGGCCCAACAAUGAACCCAAAGGUGUGGAGAAUUACACUCACACCAACGACCAAGUCCUCUGAGACACCUGUUUCACGUUUUCUUCAGGACUGUAAAGGGAGAGUCAUGUUUUUAUUUAAAAAGGAGAUUGCAAAGGAUAUCAAUUCGUAG